GCGGCGGCGGGCUCAAAAAGCGAGGGAGGAGGCGGCUCAGUGGACAUCAGCUGGCCGGAAGCAAUAUUUCGUGGAGCGGGAGGAGGAAAUGAACAUCUCCCUUCAGUAUGGCUACCCCUGGUGCCACUGAGAGGUCCUUUUGCGAAGAGCCAGACAAGCUGCCCCCAAGAAAGAGAAGCAAGCCACACAGAAUGCCCCUCCCCUUUGCCUGCUGCGGAGGGGAGGGAGUUUGUCCCAGCCAAGCUCCGCAGGAGGCCCCAAAGGCACCUGAUUGGCCCAUCCAGUUUUGGGGGCGGGGCUUUGGCCCUUUCUGGGUUUUCCCCGCCCCCGCUCUUCAGUUCGGGCCGAGCAUCCCUGGAGGAAGGAGCUCUUUCAUAGAGCUCCUUCUAGGCCUGAACCAGAGCGGGCGGGGGGCGGGUAGUGCCCGAGGAUCGGACGAGUGGCGUAUUUUGGCGGGUAGCAUCGAACUGCCGAGCGACGGCUUCCCUAGACACCAGCGGCCUGCGGGGGCAUCGGACUGCGGCUGGAGUGCGUAUUGGGUGGCCUACCUGGGUGGGACUGGUGGCUGCUCCGAAUGGUGGCACUUAUUUGGGGCCCUGCUGCUCCCUGCCGUUGGGUGGGGGUGUUGGUUGGCCUUGGGGUUACUGGCAUUUUUCGUGGCCCUCUUCGCUUCAGUUGGAUUCUUUAGGGGGUUGGAGUGGGGGUCUCUCAGGAGGGCAGUGAGUGGCUCUCUGGGCGCUCUUCUCUCCACGCGUAUUGUGUUCUUUUGCCCAUGGGGUUUUUUGGGUUGUUUUUGGUUGCAUUGGGGGGUUGGUUAUUCUGGGCCCCUGCAAUUAACCCACAUGCCUAGGAAAGCCAAGGAGAAAACUGUUGGUCGGCCUAUCAAGCAGCCCAAGCGGCCUGCACCUCCACCUUCUUCCUCUGAUGAGGAUGAUGAGGAGAUGGUUCUAAUUAGAGGCCUGAUCAACAGAAUGGAAGCUCUGGAGAAGGCCAAAGCUUCCAUUCUGUUGGAAGCAAGGGGGCUGGCCCAUCUGGAGCGCCGAAGAAAGUUCCUCGACGCACACGUGGUGCUGCUAGAACACAGUUACGAAAAUCUCUCUCUGACAGGUUUGGAGCUCUUGAAAAGGGCGAGGGCCCACCCAGCCCAGUGCUGCCUGCAGAGCCAGCUGAUCCUGUAUUGCCAGUGCCUGGCGUUCCCGUUCCUGCAAUGCCUUCUCCUGCGUUUCCAGAAUCCCCGCUGCCAUCGGAUCCCCCCCUGUGGAUCCAUCUUUGUCUCCGCCCCCGGGUGCUGGCGGAGCGGCGGCUCCUGUUCGGGUCCUGGUUUGCGGCCAUUCGUCGGUCUUUGGAGCCUUCAAGAGGGCCAGCUCCUCCCAUUGGGGCACCCAGUUGGGUUUUGGAAAGCGUGCUUCAGUUUCUUGGUUGGGUAGGAGGGGCAUGUUAUGGAGCCAGUUGCUCCCUGCCAUUUGGGAUGAUUGAGCUAGGUUCCCUGGGCCUGAUGUCAUUGUGAUUCACUUGGGGGGAAACGAUUUGGGCAGGCGGACUGGUCUCUCUCUUAUUAUUAUUAUUUCCCCGCCCCAGCUCUUCCGUUUGGGCCGAACAUCCCCCUCCCUCCCUUCCCUGGAGCAGAGCGGGUCUAGUGACUGGUCGCCCUUCUGGGGCCGAGUAGGAAUUUUUGGCUCUCAACGCAUUGGCCACUGUUGGGUUUUUUUCCGCCUACUCCGUUCUGCGUUUGGGGUUUGAGUUAGAAUUAGGCUGGUCACACUGGCAGGAACAGUGCGGGCUGGGUGGUAGUUUGAGGGAUAGAACAUGGGUGAUACCCUUGGAUAUUUAAGAGGUGGAUUGGCAAUCGCUCCCUUGCGGUUUGUGUGGCCCAGGGGGGAAGAGUUGGCCAUGAAACCAGCUUCAGGGCUUCACCAACCCUUGGGCUGAGCGGUUCGGGGUAGGUGAAGGUCUAGAAGUAUCCAGACCCUCUUUCUUAAAGGGUUGGCCUUGAAGGAGUUGGGCAGCUUUUACCUGCCUGUUUCCUGAGCCAGGGUGUGUCGCCCUCGAAGGUGCAGGGAAGGGCAAGGAGCCCUAACCCGGCCUUCUUAGGCCCGCACUGUUGUUUUGGGGUGAUUGAUCUCCUUGGAUCCAGUCCGCCAUGCUUGGUUGUUAUUGGUUAAUAAAGUUGUGGC